CAAUUUUUUUGCACCUGACGUUUCUCAUUUUUUUCUGUAUUGCCUCCGUCGUUUUUUUGUAUUUUAAUUAUUGCAUUGUUAUUCUCUCGCGCGAAAAUAUCUCCCAUUUUGAGCCACGCUCAUUCACAUAUAUUGCCCCUCCGGACUUGUUCACAGACACAAUCCGCACAUGUCCCAGGAAGCCUGUGCGUUUUUAGAAGCUGUCAGCCAGCUUCCCCGUAGCGAGUUCCCAGCAACACACAAUAUGAACGCUCUGCUAAGAAGAAUUAUCGCGGCCAUCCAAGAGAGACUGCCCCCGCACCUGCGCCCGCUGCUCACCCGGCUGCACGCAUUCAGCAUGCGACAGACAUUUGCUCUGGAGAAGCGGCUUCACAUCAAUCCCACAUUCAAGCUCCUCUUGGGUCUUCGAAUAGUGCCGCCAGGCCUGGCAUUCAUAGCCGCGGCAGUCAGCACAAUAUACGCUGUGCGCUACUUGUACACGAAUGCGCUGGAUCUCUUGACGAACAUCAUUGGUGUCGCGUACCCGGCCUACCAGUCCAUGAUGGCCAUCGAGUACGGUGGCGUCGUGGAGCCGACCACUGGCCCGGCGAAGAGUCAAUUGCAGUCGCUGGAGCGCGCCCUGGGUAUUGUAGAGCCUAACCUGGAUAAGAAGCAGUGGCUGAUGUACUGGGCUGUAUACGGCGUGCUGACCACUGCCGACCACUGGGCCGGCCCGCUGCUGCGACUGUUUCCCAUGUACCGGAUCGCCAAAAUUGGCGUUCUGGUCUGGGCGCAGCACCGCAAGUACAAUGGCGCCACGUGGCUUUACGACACCCUUGUGCGCCCACUUCUGCCACCCACCAACACCUUAAGAAGCCUGCGCCACUCAUAUGCAGGAGCUUGGGCUUGCCGACAACAUGGUCUUGGCGACGUGCAUGCUCAUAAUUCGCCCGGUGUGGGCGACAACGUGCCGCCGCCAGCGUUCUCGUCAUUAUCGAUGCCGUCGGUGUGGGAGUCUGCCACUGCCAACCUGUAA